AUGUCUUCGAAGUCAGAGGAGGAUAAAGAGAAGCUGGCAAAAGCUGCCAAAACUUUCUUCUUUAAUAUAUAGGAUCUUGUUUCCUUCACAAAUACACUUAUAGAAAUGUUUAACUGCACUCUGAACACCCAGAUCCUUUCUGUAGCUAUGAAGGAAGAUGGUAACAUUAAGGAUUUAUUUGAACAAAUGAACAAAGUUUUUACAGAGAUGCAGUCUGUAGUUGAGGCAACAAGCAAAGACAUGCAGAAGGAGCCAUUAUAUCUUAAGAUAGCCAAGGCUGUGUCCUCUGUGAUUGAACAGAGUACCAAUAUACAAGAAUUGCAUCAGUUAGCCAAGGAAGUGUUCAGUAAUGCCCAUGUGCCACUGAUUGUCUCUAUUCUGAGUCAUACCAAUGUUCUUGGAAUGAUGCUAUCUUCUAUUACACUCUUGAUAAAACACCCCAUCAUGAAACUUAGCCUGAGUGACUUCUAUAAGAAAGACACCAAAGAGCAAUCUGAUGCCACCACAUCCAGGAAAAGCAUUUCAGAUCCUCCUAACACCAACACGACGGAAAACUUGAGAGAGUUGGAGGAUGCACUAAAAGAUGAGAAUGCCGAGAAUCCUACAACAUCAGAUGCAGAUCAAUUGGCGCAAAUUGUCACGUCUGUAAGCCCAGUCAUAGAGGUCCUCCAAAAAGCCAUAAAGACCAUGGAAACCAAUAUUUCCCUGUUUAAGAAAGCUGGUGACAGGUAG